CUCCUAAUGCCCCCUACGUGGAACUGCGACACCUCUCUCCAGCAUGUGGCCAUUCUCGCCUUCGUAUCCUGAAGUGAGCGUCGAUGCGCUCCAUGAGGAAUACGACUACAUCAUCGUAGGUGGUGGAACCGCUGGGUGUGCCAUCGCGAACCGGCUUUCUGCCUCGCCCAACAACCGCGUCCUCGUCGUUGAGCGUGGCCCCCUCGCCGACACAUGGGCGUCGCGCGUGCCCCUUUUUUCCUCCGACUUUGCCUCCGACGGCUCGCGCACUAUCAAGCGCACAAUGGUGCCCCAGCGCGAGCUCAUAAGCGCGACGGGCGUGCAGGGAGAUCGCGUCGUUGAGGCGUACACGGGAGCGGUGCUUGGUGGAACCAGCAGGAUCAACCAGAUGCUGUACACGCGAGGCCUCCCCGAUGAGUACAAUAAGUGGGAGAGCGAGGCGGGCAUGAAGGGCUGGGGUUGGGACGUGAUGAAGGACUACUUCUUGAAGAGCGAGAAGGCGGAGGACGCGGUCGAGGGCGUGCACAGCCAGGAUGGUGUCUGGAAGAACAAGCUGCACACGGCGUUCUACUUCAGAGGCUUCUUCGAGGCAGUUCAAGCGGCCCAGGCCAUCGGUCUUCCCUACAUCCCCGACCUGAAUUCGCCCACUCAUCCUCCUUUCGGAUGUGGGCGAUUGCAUUUCACCAUCGACGAGAAGUCUCAACGGCACUCGUCCUACCAUGCGUUUCUCCCGAAGGAUGUCGCUCUCGCGCGUCGAGAACACCUGCACAUCUGCACGAACACAAUUGUGGAACGACUCGAGACAGAGAGGACGGCUCUGGGCGAGCUCAUCGUCACUGGCAUCGCACUGGGACCACGGGAAGAAGGGAAGGGAGGGAGGAGGAGCGUGAGGGCGAAGAAGGAAGUGAUCUUGAGCGCAGGUCCGUUUGGGUCACCGCAAAUCUUGAUGGUGAGCGGCAUCGGACCGGCUGAACAUCUCAAGGAGCUCGGUAUCACUGUUGUGAAGGAUCUUCCUGCUGUUGGGUCCAACUUGCAAGACCACUUUGGCGUGUCCGUAGGCUUCCACAUCAACAUGUCGGAUUCCCUCCUUUCCAUCGAAAAAAGGCCCUGGGUAUUCUUCCUCGAGCUGAUCCGCUACCUCCUCUGGGGCACCGGGCUGCUCCUCGUUCCAGUGCUCCAACUGGCAAUCUUCACGCACUCCAAAUUGCUAGACAACAGAGGCAUCCCCUCCAAGACCGAAAAAGCGUUCGACGAGAAGCUACCUGACAUCGAGAUCAUGCCAAUGGCGUACGACAGCACGGACUCCGCAGCGACAGGCGUCUCCAUCCCACGUACCGCCGGCACUUACAGCUUCCUCAACGUCCUCCUCUCGCCCGCCUCGCGCGGCACCGUCCGCCUCUCCUCUCCCGAUCCGCGUGCACCGCUUGUGAUCGAUCCCGCUUACCUGUCGAACCCUGCUGACCUCCGCGUGCUCCGCGCGUCAGUCAAGCUCUCUCUGCGCCUGCGCGAUGCUAUGCGCGAGCGCGGCUACAAGAUGGCCGACGCCACCGUGCCGAAGAGCGAGAGCGACCAGGACCUCGACCUCUGGAUCCGCCGCGCAAACAGGACGACGUAUCACUACUCCUCGACGUGUAGGAUGGGGAGGCAGGACGACGCUGAGUGGGAUGGAGGCGCGGUCGUUGAUGAGAGGCUGCGGGUGUACGGGGUGGGAAGGCUGAGGAUCGCCGAUUCGUCUAUCUUCCCUUGGGUCCCCAGGACGCAUACCCAGGCCCCGAGUGUCGCCGUUGGGGAGAAGGCUGCUGACAUGAUUCUCAGCGACAAUCUAGUCUGAGUCCUUGUGCAUGUCCAUAUAAUCACUUCUACAGAUUGAUUGGCGUAAGCCAACAGCUCUCGGCGACCGACUCAACGAC